AUGCAGAAGGUGGUCCAGCGAAGGAUAGCCGCCGAGCGUCAGGCCCUGCGCCGCGCUGCGAAGCAGACUGAGAAGGCCGACAAUGCAAAGGAAUGGGGCGCACGAUGGCAGAUGCAGUCUCGCCGCAAGCAAGAAUCCAUCUACUUCAAGGAAGAGAAGUUCCGCAGACGCGAGGAAUAUGAAGUCGGCCCCCUCCUCGCUCCCAGACGCGAUACUGGCUACCUCAAGGAUAACUACGGCACCAUCGACCCCAGCGUCAUUCAGACCGCAAAGCUCCACUGGACCAUGUACAAGCACUUCAAGUGCCCUUUUGCUGUCGGCGAUAGAGUCCUAGUCACAAAGGGAAAAGAUAUUGGCAAGAUCGGAACCAUUGCUGAAACUCAACCCGAUACUGGUUUCGUACGCAUGCAGGACUUGCGCAAGGCCGACUUCUUCGUUCCCGAAUAUGUGCGCAAGGAAAACAAUGACAGUCGCCACAUUCAACCACAAGCAGUGCCUGUUCCUUGGGACGACCUUAAACUCGUCUUUCCUCUUCGCGACCAGACCACCGGUCACUUCGAAGACGUCGUUCUGGACAAGGUCGAUCUGCGCAACGCUGGAUGGGUAGAGCGCAAGAACGGUCAUCGUGAAUACAUUCAGGGCCAACGCUUCCUUCCUGGUGUCAAGACCCCACUUCCCUGGCCCAAGACUGAGGAAAAGGACAAACCAGAAGGCUACGACGACGACACCCUUCGUAUCACUGUCGACGAGGCCACCCACCGCCCCUACUUGCUCCAACCACCCAUGCCUCCAUCUGUCAUUGAUGAGCUGAGAAACAAGUACUCCAUCUUCCGUACCCGCCACGAGCCAGCAUACAUUGCCGCAAAGGAGGCCCAAGACCGCGCCGCAAAGCACAAGGAGAACCUCGCCCGUUUGGUUUCCACUCCUCUUGCCGAACUGAAGGAGCUAAGGCGACAGGAGAGACUCGCCAACCCUCCCGAGCUGUCCGAGGAACAACUUGCAAGAAUUGGAGAGGUCAUGGCUCAGGAGAAGCAGAACGCCAUCAACAAGCUCUCUCAGCAAUAA